CUGGCAUUUACGAUAUUACGCAGCGUUCUUGAUUUGACCUCUACCUUCUUCUUUGCUUCCGUUUCUCGUCACUUUUGAUUCGUCUUCUCGUCCAACCGCUGGACGUCGUCUUUCUCUCUUCAACACACUCUCUUUAUCGCCAUACUUAGUUGACCUCGGCUUUCGCCCUUAUUACUGAAACGAUAGACAGAUGAACCCAUAACGGUCUCUACCAAUUUCCUAUCUUUGUCAAUUUCCUUUGGGUUUUUCUUUGACCCACGCUUACUCGUCUACACUCCAUUUCCUUUUGUUCUAUCCGCACUUCAUCGUUAUAUGAGCUUUUAAACCGAUAAUCCGUUGUUCGAUCAUCUCAUACUCCAAUCCUCCUUUUCUUUUGAUCUCUUGGUUUCUCGGCGGUCAAGGUUUUCGUUGGGCCGACAUUACAUUUUUGAUACUUGGUUCGCAUCGUUUUCGCUUUUCCAUCUUCGUCGCCCACACGCUUUACCGAAAUCUCAUCUUGUUUCGACGGACAUCAUCUCGACUAUAUCUCAACCAUGUGCUUCAAUAAUAGCUUCGUGGAGGGCCAGCUCCUGGAUGGGCGCUUCCGCACCGUUGCUCCCUUGAACCAUGGCUCCUUCGGCAUGGUCUUCCUGGCAUAUGACACAAAGACUGGUGACGAUGUUGCCAUCAAAUGUAUGGUUAAGGGCUCUGGUCCGGUUGCAUUUGAUGAUCGCUUCGAUGAGCUCCUCUGCCAUCGACGUCUCGGGUAUCACCCGAACAUCGUCAACCUGAUCCAUUCCUUCGAGACGGACACCCACAUGUACCUCGUCUUGGAGUACUGCGCGAAUGGUGAUCUCUAUGAGGCCAUCAGACUCAACCGUGGUCCCUUGGAAACCGAACAUGUGCGAGAUUUCAUGUUGCAAUUGGUGAGCGCUGUCGAAUUCAUGCACGCAAAUGGCCUGUAUCAUCGUGAUAUCAAACCGGAGAAUAUCUUCUUGAUGCAGGAUGGUUGCAUGAAACUGGGCGACCUAGGGUUGGCAACUCGCGAGGCCUGGUGCUAUGAGGCGUGCGUUGGAAGCGAUCGGUAUAUGGCGCCUGAGCAGUAUGAUCCAUCUACCACGGGUUACUCUCCGGCCAAGGCCGAUAUCUGGGCGGUUGGCAUUUGCUUGUUGAAUGUCCUCUUUGCUCGGAACCCCUUUGCCACCCCGACCGAAUCAGAUAUCUUGUUCGCCGACUAUGUUCGGGACCGACAGUCUCUCUUCGAUAUCUUCCCGAACAUGUCUCAAGAUACUUUCGAGAUCUUGCGUAAUGCACUGGCCAUCGAUCCAGACAAGCGCUCGCUUGCUGGUAUCCGCGAUAUGAUCAUCCGGACCGUUACUUUCACCACUGAUGACGAGGCACUCGACGACUUCUGUACUGAUGACCGCGAUGUGGUACCCGCCAGCGCCAACCGUGAGCCUCUUCGCACACCUUCGAUCCAGAGCCCGUUUAUCAACCAAGGCGACUCGUUCCCGUGGGCCAAGGCCUUACACUCUAGUCCGCCCCAGGACAUUCGUCGGCUCUCAGCUAUUCCUGACGACAGCUACGAAGAAGAUCUUUUCCCUCCAUCUGAGACGGCUGGCACUUCCUGGUUCUCUGUUCAUCAGGGCACUCCGUCCAUGGAAUCGGUGACGGAGUCUGCUUUGGGUGACUCCUAUCGGUCAACGGCUUUUAGAAAGGUCGAGCCCCGGUUCCCGCCUCUCUCGGAUCCGGUGCAGAUCACAGGGUCUUUGCCGAGUCAAACCUCCAAGCCUCUGCCUUCUCUUUCCAUGGUCUUUGGUAAAAAGCAGGACGAACAAAUCUCGAAGAGCUGGAGUGACCUGUGGGAUGAGGAUGAGGAAUUGGAAAAUGAGGACAUUGCGUUCCAGCAGCGACGCGAGCAAAAUUCUCGUAGCUGGAGCCAUGACAGCAGUACCCCCGAACUCGUUGGUCCUUCAAACCUCCUUAAGGAGGCCGAAAGCUCCUCGAUUUUCACGGUUCCCUUGGAAGAAAAGGCAGUGUCCGGCGCUGAGGGCCGUGCUAUUCCUGUGAAACCUCUCCAUGACGAGCCUACCACAUCAAAGUCAGCCCCCACCUCUCCGCAAAGCUCUUCCAAGAAGUCGACCCUCGAUAAAUGGGCCGCUUUGGGUGACCGCAGAAGAAAUUACAAACCGGCCGAGGCGUCGCUCGGACAGAAGAAAUUCUUGAGCAACAUGGCUUGGCGGAAGGACUGGGGUCUGGGCUCUUCAGGAUUUGACUACGGAUCCUGGGCUAAGAAGGAUACAAUCAUCUCCCCAGAACGCCGCCGGCGUCCGUUCCUGGAGAAGGGGUGGCGUCGCGAUGUCAUGGAACCUUCAAAGCCCGCUACCGGCUAUGAUGGAAGCAUUGAUGAGGACCUUGACCUCAUUGGUGGCUGGCAUGACCUUCACCUGUAAUCGGAAAACCUGCCAUUGCUCUCCCCUGCGCUUCGUGUCCCUCCCAUCCUGUUGGCCUAUAUAAUCUAAUCACGGAACGACCAAGAAACUACCGACUACUUCGUCUUUUUUUUUUCUCUUUCUUUUUUGCUCUUUGCUUUUCCAAACAAACUCUGCUGCAUUUCUCCACUCCGUCGUGUUACGCCGAGGGCUCGCGGUGGCACGGCUUUAUUACUCUUGCACUU